CCAAACAUGGCAGGUUUGGUUAGGUUCGCUUCAGAAAGAAAAAACAAUGACGUUUUAGAGCAACUACUCACCAAUUAUGCACAAAGUAAAGAACCUGCAGAGCAUAAACAAUCAUUUAAGAAACUAAAUAAACAAUCAUAGAAAAAUAGAACAUUCUAUUUCAUAUGGGCCUACUGCCAAUUGGGAACAAACUUGCUACAUGACAACACAAGGGUCCCAAUAUAAACUUUUCUUGUCCCCCAAAAGUCAAAAGGUUGAAGGUAGGUUUGGAUCUUUCCUUUGCAUCCUUUUCCCACUUUCUUAGCCUUGGUCUUCCAUCGUUAAUAUUAAAAGGGAUGGAAAACAGACCUUGUCUUCCCAAAUUUUUGUGAGAAAAUGGAAAGAGAGAGAAUCAAUAUCUUCGCGACAAUUGUCACUAUAUGGUAGCUCCUUUACAAUGUCCGCUUCUGUCCUCUUUGUUUGCUUCCACUUGUGAUUUUCCUCCUCCCCACAAUUUAACACCCAACUUCUCUUUUCCAAGGGAAUAUAAAGAACACUUCUCAGUUUCAAAAUUUUUGAAGGAAACUCCACAUGUUUGAGGAAGAUACUACUAUGAUGGACUCUGAUCCACCACUCUUCCGUCAAUAUGAGUUCCUUUUGCAGUCCACAGCGCAUUUACUACCAUUUAACAAUGGCAAUCUACCAACUAACUCUGUCAUGGAGGAAUGUCAGCUUCCUCUUAUUGAUCUUAAAGGUUUGAAAAGUAGCAAUGAAAAGGAAAGGGUGGCUUGCAGAAGAGAGAUUUUUGAAGCAUCCGAAGAAUGGGGAUUCUUCCAAGUGAUAAACCAUGGGAUACGCACAGAGCUGCUGAACAGAAUGAACAAAGAACAAAUGAAGUUGUUUCGAGUACCCUUUGAGAAAAAAUCUACAAGUGGGAUUUUGGAUAAUUCUUACAGAUGGGGAACACCAACUGCAACCCACCCAAACCAAUUCUCUUGGUCUGAAGCUUUUCACAUUCCCCUCACAAAGGUCGCUGAACCUGCCUGCUAUGGCGAGUUCAUUUACUUAAGGGAAGUGAUGGAAGAACUGGCAAGCGCGAUGUCGAAGCUAGCAAGAUGUUUGGCAGGAGUUUUAGUGCAGAGUUUAGGGCACCGGAAGGAAUUAUUUGACGACAUUUGCGACGAAAGCACAUGCUUCCUCCGGUUGAAUCACUACCCGAUCUGUCCAUUUUCCGGCGAAGUUUCCGGGCUGGUGCCACACACGGACAGCGAUUUUCUGACCGUACUUCAUCAAGAUUGCGGCGGCGGACUUCAACUGAUGAAAGGGUCGCAAUGGGUAGCUGUGAAACCCAACCCAGAAGCCCUUGUUGUCAACAUUGGAGAUCUUCUUCAGGCCUGGAGCAACGAUACAUACAAGAGUGCAAAGCACAGAGUUGUGGCUAAUCCGAAGCGGGAAAGAUAUUCGAUAGCAUACUUCCUUUGCCCCUCUUAUCACUCUCAAAUUGGGAGUUGCAGACAGCCUUCACCUUAUAGACACUUCACUUUCGCAGAGUACAGGAAACAAGUCAGAGAUGACGUGGAAAAAACUGGCUACAAAAUAGGUCUUUCAAAUUUUCGGCUUUAAAGCACAGCAAUAGUAGAACUACCAUAUGGAAGACCUAUAGCAAUACCAAUUCAACUGAAGCACAUAUAAAAAUGAAAUUGUAGUUGCAUUGACGACAAACCACUGUUACAUAAAAGCAAAAGCAGUUUCUGUAAAACAACAUACAUACAUGAGAUUACAAGUCUUGGAAGAAAUAUCAUUCGUGCAAAACUGUUCCUCAUUUAGCCUUGGCCAGAAUCGUUCCUGAUACUUAACAACAAAGCAAAGACACACAACACAUUGACACCACCCCCCCCUCCUCCUCCUCCUCCUAAAUAUCAAGGACAUGACCAUGACAAGAACAUGCUUUAUAGAAUCUACAUUUUCUUGCAAAAUAAUUUUUGUACCAACUAGAAACAUGAAGUCAAUAAGCUUAUGUAUGCUUAAAAAAAUAUGUUUGAUGCAUUUCACUUGUUAAUUUUGCCUUAACUGUUUUGUGUCUGUUUAUUUUGUUUAGUAAGUGUUUGACAACUAUUUUGUGUCUGUCUAAUUUGUUUAGUAAGUGUUUGACAUAUGCCUAACAAAAGCCGGGUUCAUAUUCAAUUUGCACAACUAGUGUAUGACAUGUACCGAUUGUGCUAACAUGUGCCAACAUGUUCUAGAAGGUGUCAAACACAACAAGUGUCCCAAAUUCAAUGCUCUUUGGCACAAGAUCAUUGCUAGAAAACACAGCCCCCAUCCAUUCAAGUGGUUGUCUAAGGGGCUUAAACGGUACUCACUGGAACUUGUGGAAAUAUAUCGCGAAAGAGCUCCCUUCUUUUGUUAACUUUGUCCAUUGUGUGGUGGGAGAGGAGAGGGAUACGUACUUCUAGAAAGACAAUUGGGUGAGAGAGAGACCUCUAUGUGUUGUAUUUCCUCGUCUAUAUCAUUUGUCAUUCUUCAAAAAUCACUUUGUUAUCAACUUUCUGGUGUGGUCUGGGAGCUCUUGUUCCUUUUCGUUCGGGUUCCCGCGCUCUCUUUCCGAUCAGGAGGCGACAGAGGUGGCUGCUCUUCUUUCUUUACUCGAGGGUCACUCGUUUAGAAGAGGGAGAAGGGAUGUUAGAUUUUGGAGCCCUAAUCCUUUGGAAGGCUUCACGUGCAAGUCUUUAUUUUAGUGUUUGGUUGGCCCUUCUCUCUUAGGCGUGUUGGUCUUUUUUGUGCUUUAGAGAAUAAAGAUUCUUAGGAAGAUGAGGUUCUUCACCUGGCAAGUCCUUCACAACUGUGCUAACACGAUGGAUCAGCUUGCGAGGAAAUUGCCUUCGCUUGUUGGGCCUUUUUGUUGUCUUCCUUUAUCGGAAGACUUGGAUCAUAUUCUCUAGCAUUGUGAUUUUGCGAGUAGUGUUUGGGAUUAUUUCUUCCAGAUGUUUGGUACAAUGCAUGCUUGUCAUAGAGAUGCUAGUGCUAUGAUCGAGGAAUUCCUCCUCAAUCCGCCUUUUAAAGAGAGGCAGUUUUUUAUGGAUGGCAGGAUGUGUGCAAUCAUGGGGGUUUUGUGGGGUGAGCAGAAUAGUAGGGUGUUUAGGAAAGUGGCAAGGGAUUCUAAGGAAAUUUGGUCCCUAGUUCGUUAUCAUAUCUAUUUGUGGGCUUUGAUUCCAACGACCUUUUAUAACUACUUGACAGGAGACUAUUGCAUUUUGUUGGAGUCCCUUUUUAUAGGAAGGCCUUCCUUUUUGUGGACUUGGUUUUUUUGUAUGCCCAUAUAUUCUUUCAUUUUUUCUCAAUGGAAGUCAUUAUUGUCAUUAUAUAUAUAUAUAUAUAUAAAAGGGUGUUCGAAAUGUGUCAAACACAAACACAUUACUCAACUUGGAGUGUUCAUGCUUUGUAGAAUUUAACUAUUCAAGUGUGUGUUACUAUGUUUACCUUGUCUCCCUCUAAGGAACCAGUUUCACUCCUUCCUCUCCAAGCUUUGGAAGAACAAAUUACAGAGUCAUGGAUAAUUUUUUUUAAGAAAAGAAAAAGAAAAAAAAAAGAUAGAGAG